AAAGACACAGAAAUCUAGUCCAACAGAGGGGAGCCAGCAAGAUGAAGCAAAAAAAAAAGUAUGAGUGUCCAGAAUGCUGUAGGAGAGCCAGGGAAAACAACUUUGACUACUCCAAGAUUUUGAAAAGAAGAGUGAGAGAGGGAACAGAUGAGGUCCUCAUUCAUUGGGUUCCAUGCAAGACCUGUGGGACCAAAUGGAAAGACUCCUGGGAGCCCGCCUCCCUUCUUGAAGAAUGAAUUUUAAAACUUUUAAAUUAAUUUUAAAAUAAGUUGGUAGUAUGAUGAUUUAUUAAACAGGUUUGAAUUUUUAAAAACAUCCAUGUGAAAACUACAAACAUAAACAGAGUUAUUUGCUUGUUCUUCAUUGCCUAAAAUGUGCUAUAUAGAUAGAGAUCUUUAGAAAUAACCUGAAUAAAAAUCGUGUUAAAUGUUAAUUUUGUAUGCAUCAUUAUUGGACAUGUUAUGUCAAUUAUCUGGUCUUUCAUUCUCUCUUUACAUAUUUAAUGUUGCAUGUGUUGCAUUUAAAACUUGAAUAUGUUACUGCUUAAUAUGAAAUUGAUUCCAUCUGCAAGGAAGAGCAAUUUAGCUGUCCUGCCUGCACCCCAGCAAACAUUACGGUUUAAAGUGUAUUGCAAGGUAUACUAGUGUUCUAUGCUAAAGCUAAUUUGUUCCAUAGCCUUAAAAAGACAUUGAAAAUGUUUCCAUCAUGAAUUAACGAUCAUUUGUCAUCUUGAUUUUCAACAAUGUAGGUCAUGCAUUUGUUGUGUGGAUUGGUUGGCAGCCAGAGAUAAUUCCCACAGAUCCAGCAAUAAGGUGGAUGAGGAGGGACUGGAGUUGACAUUCUGCAGGCAUAUUGUGUCGCUGGCUUCCCUUAAUAUGUUUUGGGGCAAAUCAUUUUUGUGUACCUCAUGUUUUUGCAGCUUCAGCUUGCUUCCAUGCAUGGCAUCACCCUUUAUUUGUAUGGACAUUGCCUGCAAAUACUGGCCAUACCUACAAAGACUUUGUUCUGACUGUCCAGAGCUCCAGCCCCUUCAGAACAUGAGGCCCUUCUUGUCAGUUGGACAUGCUAAAAGCCAUGACUUCAAAUAGAGACUUCUAUACAGAUCUACUUUGGGACCUGAAAACCCUGAAAGCUGUCCUUCAACUGGAAAUGAGAGAAUGGGCAAAUGGUUUGGGUGACUUGACAGAGGAUGCUACAUAUGGGCUCAACAGUCUUCUCAGUCAGAGGUGUCACUCACCCAGAAGUCAACACAAAUGGGAUGUAGUCAAGUCAAGUCACCUUUAUUUAUAUAGCGCUUUUUACAAUGCAGAUUGUAUAUGUCAUCAUCAAGUUAAGUUCCAAUAUGGGUAUGCACGUGACGUCACCGUCGACCGUUACAACUGCGAUCACGCCCGCUUAAGUGGCAAAAGACUGAGUGGCAGCAUAUCCCAACAAACACAGAACGUUGGCACAAUGUAGCCAACCUUCUAACCACGUUUUAACAACGUGGCCAAAAGGUUGCUAUAACGACGUUGCAUUGUGAAGGUUGUUACAGCAUUGUCACAAUGUUGACAUCUGACCACCGCUCAGUUCCGUUGCUCAAGGUUGCGCUUGGGUGUCUGGACUACCACUGGACGAUGUGUACUCAUCACUGUUCCGAUUCCUCUGGAGCACGGAUUUUAAAUUACAAACGACCAUUCUCUUCAUCGAACCAGGAUACGUGAGUAUUGCUUUUAUUUUAUUGCUAUAAAUAAGAUAUGCAAAUAUUCAAACACGGCCUAAAUGUUACAUUUAUUUUGGAGAGGAUUCUCUACCCCCUUUAACUCCUCCUGAAGCUGUCGUUUCCAUUACAGAUGAACUGGUCCCACCCAGCCUCCCUCUCCCACCUCCUGUCCGAACCCCCACUCAAGAUUUGUUUUCCAGUUCCUCUGUUAAUCAGCCCUUUCUCCAGCCCCAACCAUGCCUGCCACCCAUCCCUUGCUGUCUCACAUCACUCUCUCAGCUCUACACCAGCCUCCUCUCAGUGGCGUGGCUACACCUGGGGCCUGCUGUGAGCCAGCUUCAGGCAGUGAUGUUCCUGCGGCUCUGACCCCAGCCUCAGAUCCCAUCAUAACACCUCGGCUCAUCGUCCUGACUCCUCUGCCGUUGCUCCUUUCACCCUCGUCUUCAUUAGGGACCAUCGAGCGUUCGGCUCCACUGGACUCCCUCGGACCCUCAACUCCACCUGGGUCAGACAUCGCCUCUACAUCACCACGGACUUACGGGUCGUUCGAGUUUCUCUGACCCUCCACCCCUACGGCUCCGAUUGGCACCCCCUCAGCCCUCCGGUACCCUGCUUCCGCCUCGGGGGGCCAUCGCUGUGACUCCGUCGCAAACUUUGAGACCAUCGGCAUGACUCCGCUCCUUCGGCUCUCUGUCUUCGCCCAAGACUCCACUUCCAUUGGCUGUGCUGCUUCCACGCGUCCCCAAGGUUGCUUGGAGAUGUUCACCACCUCAGCUCCUCCCUCCAGCAACGCCGCCGUGGGUCGCCGUCCUGGCUGUGGCCUGGAGCAACAACUGGACUCCCCUGCUCAAGGCUACCACCUGGAUUUCACCGCCAUCUGCACCUCCCUGGACUUCACUACCAUCUGCACCUCCCUGGACUUCACUACCAUCUGCACCUCCCUGGACUUCACUACCAUCUGCACCUCCCUGGACUUCACCACCAUCUGCACCUCCCUGGACUUCACCACCAUCUGCACCUCUCUGGACUUCACUACCAUCUGCACCUCCCUGGACUUCACUACCAUCUGCACCUCUCUGGACUUCACUACCAUCUGCACCUCUCUGGACUUCACUACCAUCUGCACCUCCCUGGACUUCACUACCAUCUGCACCUCUCUGGACUUCACUACCAUCUGCACCUCCCUGGACUUCACCACCAUCUGCACCUCCCUGGACUUCACCACCAUCUGCACCUCUCUGGACUUCACCACCAUCUGCACCUCCCUGGACUUCACUACCAUCUGCACCUCUCUGGACUUCACUACCAUCUGCACCUCUCUGGACUUCACUACCAUCUGCACCUCUCUGGACUUCACUACCAUCUGCACCUCCCUGGACUUCACUACCAUCUGCACCUCCCUGGACUUCACUACCAUCUGCACCUCUCUGGACUUCACUACCAUCUGCACCUCCCUGGACUUCACUACCAUCUGCACCUCUCUGGACUUCACUACCAUCUGCACCUCUCUGGACUUCACUACCAUCUGCACCUCUCUGGACUUCACUACCAUCUGCACCUCUCUGGACUUCACUACCAUCUGCACCUCCCUGGACUUCACUACCAUCUGCACCUCUCUGGACUUCACCACCAUCUGCACCUCUCUGGACUUCACUACCAUCUGCACCUCUCUGGACUUCACCACCAUCUGCACCUCUCUGGAAUUCACCACCAUCUGCACCUCCCUGGACUUCACCUUACUCCAGCCCUCUCCCGGCAUUUCGCCCUCCUUAGUCUCCACCUCCUUCCAUCUCACGGCGCGAGGACGCGCCUUUCCGGGAGGGGGCGAUAUGUUACAUAUGCACUCUGUUUUGGACUGGUUUUGGACUUGUGUUGUACCAUUUCCCGCCACUAGUUAGUCACCAUGGUUACUGAUCACCCCAAUCAUCACAUUGUGAUGACUCCAAUCACUCUCCUUGUGUUCCUGUGUAUAUAAGCCUUGUGUUUCCUGUCUAGUAUUGUCCGGUAUCGUUCAUGUAUUGUGUGGUUGUCUCCCUGUUGAACCUGUUUGUGGAUUACCCUCCUUUUGGAUUUAUUAAAGAGUGUUAUACUUCUAUCUUCCUCGUCGUGCGUGCUUCCUUACAACCAGCGAUUGUAACAACAACAAAUAUUACAUUGCCUCUCAAAAAAAGGUAAACUAAAUACGAAAGUAAAAUGCACAUUUUGUGGUCCAUAUACAACAACUGCAGCAGUAUUUCAAUCACUAAACUGUAGAGUAUUCACUAUAAUUAUCUUAAAGUAAUAAAAUAGUAGAAUUAAAAGAUCAAAUUUUUAUAAAUAUUUAUACAGCUUAUUGAUGUUGCAUACUAUAUACAGGCGAGCAGAUGAGCCUAGAACAUAAAUGCAAUGCCUAAUUACAAACUGUGUGUUUUCUGUGUUUAGGGUUCAUCUGUUUGCCCGCCUGUAUAUCUAGUAUGCAUCAUCAAUAAGUUGUAUAUUGAAUUUGGCCUUGUUUUACCCUCCAGGUGGGUGUUCCUAUAAAAACUAGCAAUGUAGGUAAGCAUACACUAUUUUAAAUAUUUUCUUGUA